UGCACGCCGGCUGAGCUGAGUCUCGCGCUCGGUGCGCGGCGGCGGAGAGAGAGGCCUGGUGAGCAACGCCGCGGAGCGGACCAGCUCUGGGUUGAGAGCGGGAGAGGUACGGCGGGCCGGCGAGCGAGCGAGCACCUCACCCUAGCAGUGGCACCGGGAUCGGUUGCCUCGAGCCGAAAUCAUGACCACCCCAGGAAAAGAGAACUUUCGCCUGAAAAGUUACAAGAACAAAUCUCUAAAUCCAGAUGAGAUGCGUAGAAGGAGGGAGGAAGAAGGAUUACAGCUACGAAAGCAGAAAAGAGAGGAGCAGUUAUUCAAGCGAAGAAAUGUUGCUACAGCAGAAGAAGAAACAGAAGAAGAAGUUAUGUCAGAUGGUGGCUUUCAUGAGGCCCAGAUCAACAACAUGGAGAUGGCACCAGGUGGUGUUAUUACUUCUGACAUGAUUGAGAUGAUAUUUUCUAAUAGCCCAGAGCAACAACUUUCUGCAACACAGAAAUUCAGAAAACUGCUUUCAAAAGAACCUAACCCUCCUAUUGAUGAAGUUAUCAGCACACCAGGAGUUGUGGCCAGGUUUGUGGAAUUCCUCAAACGAAAAGAGAAUUGUACACUGCAGUUUCAAAUAAGUUGGCUAAUCACAUUGUUGGGUUUUUUUUCUGGUUCUUCAUUCGUAACUAGGAUUGUGAUUCAGGCAGGAGCAGUGCCCAUCUUCAUAGAAUUGCUCAGCUCAGAGUUUGAAGAUGUCCAGGAACAGGCAGUCUGGGCUCUGGGCAACAUUGCUGGAGAUAGUACCAUGUGCAGGGACUAUGUCCUAGACUGCAAUAUCCUUCCUCCUCUUUUGCAGUUAUUUUCAAAACAAAACCGCCUGACCAUGACCCGGAAUGCAGUAUGGGCUUUGUCUAAUCUCUGUAGAGGGAAAAGUCCACCUCCAGAAUUUGCAAAGGUUUCCCCUUGUCUGAAUGUGCUUUCCUGGUUGCUUUUUGUCAAUGACACUGAUGUAUUGGCUGAUGCCUGCUGGGCCCUCUCCUAUCUAUCAGAUGGACCCAAUGAUAAAAUUCAAGCAGUCAUUGAUGCAGGAGUAUGUAGGAGACUUGUGGAGCUACUGAUGCAUAAUGAUUAUAAAGUGGUUUCUCCUGCUUUGCGGGCUGUGGGAAACAUUGUCACAGGGGAUGAUAUUCAGACACAGGUAAUUUUGAAUUGCUCGGCUCUUCAGAGUUUAUUGCAUUUGCUGAGUAGCCCUAAAGAAUCUAUCAAAAAGGAAGCAUGUUGGACAAUAUCCAAUAUCACAGCUAGAAAUAGAGCACAGAUCCAGACCGUGAUAGAUGCAAACAUUUUCCCAGCCCUCAUUAGUAUAUUACAAACUGCUGAGUUUCGAACAAGAAAAGAAGCUGCUUGGGCCAUCACAAAUGCAACUUCUGGAGGAUCAGCUGAACAGAUUAAGUACCUAGUAGAACUGGGUUGUAUCAAGCCGCUUUGUGAUCUUCUCACUGUCAUGGACUCUAAGAUUGUACAAGUUGCCUUAAAUGGCUUAGAAAAUAUCCUGAGGCUUGGAGAACAAGAAGCCAAAAGGAAUGGCACUGGCAUUAACCCUUACUGUGCUUUGAUUGAAGAAGCUUAUGGUCUGGAUAAAAUCGAGUUCCUUCAGAGUCAUGAAAACCAGGAGAUCUACCAGAAGGCCUUUGAUCUUAUUGAGCACUAUUUUGGGACCGAAGAUGAAGACAGCAAUAUUGCUCCCCAGGUUGACCUUAGCCAGCAGCAGUACAUCUUCCAGCAGUGUGAGGCUCCUAUGGAAGGUUUCCAGCUUUGAAGCAAUACUCUGCUUUCAUGUUCCUGUGUCAGACCAGGCUACCUAGUUGAGUUCUUUUGUGGAGCCCACAGUCCUCAUGGAGCUAACUUCUCAAAUGUUUUCCAUAAUACUGUUUGCGCUCAUUUGCUUGCCUUGCGCACCUGCUCUCUUAAACACAUCUGGAAAACCUCUGGCUCUCUGUGGUGGAAUACCCUUGUAAUAAAAGGGUAACCAGACCAGCCCACUCAUACGGAAAAAUCCCUAGGCUUUGGAGAUCCGCACUUACGUUAGAGUCAUGGGAAUGUACAUUAAUGUGGCUCCCUUUUUUGUGGGGGAAAAAAAAGAGGACUCCUCAUUCCCUUUAAAAUGGGGGGAAAAAAUACUGACAUUAAAAGAUAAAACUAAACCUUCAUCUUGAAUUUCACAUAACUACUUACAACAAGGGAGAUAUUUAGACCUGUUGUGUAUACUUCAGAGUACUUUCAUGAGUUCUUCCACAGUGAACCCUUGGAUUACCUGGUGGCUUUUUCUAGCCAAAUUUGCAUUAAUCCUUACUGAGAUUGGAUGGUUUUCUUUUCUCUAUCGGCACCAUUCUUCAGAUAUUAAAGUUAAACCAUCCAGUCCCUCACCUUCAGCCUUCAGUGAAUGUGCUUUCUAGUGGUCAGGAAUGCUGAAGAAUUAACACUUUGACUCUUAAAUGUAAUACUGGUUUGCAGAUCCCUUAAAGCAGACAGGAGAGGAGCACAUAUUAAUGUGUAUGGCUUUUGCUUCUCUUUGGUCUUACAUGUCUUAGGAUUUGGAAGUGGUUCAGUUCCAAUGCUGGUACGAAGAUUUAGUCUUUAGUAAUCAAAACACAUACCCUGUAAUUCAGUUUUUAAAAGUAAGAAAACUCUUCAGUUUUCCCAAACUCAACCAGUGUGAGUAGAGGCUGUGUUUCUGCAAUACAAAAAAAUGUUUCAGGCUGGGCCAGAGACUUAGCUCAGUGGCACCGCACCUGCCUUGAAAGCACAAGGUCCUGAGUUUGAUCCCUGGUACCUAAAAAAAAAGUUUCAGGCUUUGUGGUCCUGAUCGAGUUCCUCAGUAAAUUGGUGUUUACUGUGGGUGCUUUUCCCCUCUGUGACUGACAGGUUACUUACUGGUUUUUAUUCUCCUUAGUUGCAGCUUGAUUCUAAUAUAGUUGUGCUACAUAUUUGAUUCCUGUAAUGUAGCAUCCUUAUCUUUUAAAAAAAAAAAAAUCUCAACAUGACCUGCUUACCCCAAAUAAGAGCAGUGAUCUUUUUUUAAUAACCCCAUAUGCUGGUAGUCUAGCCCACUCCCAGUAAAACCAGUGUCCACCUUCUGGCCCAUUUAAUGACUGCAAUCUGUACCUGCAAAUGGCGCUUCCAGUACUCUGUUCACUGAUCCACAUGUGUGCUUGGACUGGAAUGAAAAACUAAGCUUAAUUGCAAAGAGAACUGCAAAUGAGUUCAAUACAACUUCUCGGUGCUAGUUGGCCAUCAUGGUUCAAUGUUGGGAUGCACUGUCAGAGAAGAAUUUUUGAUGAUGUUCUGUUCAAAAUGAAUUCUGAAGGAAAAGUUGCUCACUUCUGUUUCAGAGCAUACCCUUCUAAACCUCCUUAGAAUUUAUACUCUUCUAGAAUCAUUAUAAUCCCAAAGUGUAAAAACUAUCUGGAGUUGCCCCUGACAAGCUAUUCGUCUCUGGUAAAUCCUGCUGAAUAUAAAGGAUGUUCAGAGCUUUCAUACCUCAUCAUGAUAUUUAAGCAGCCAACUUACAUGACCUGAUUUAAACUUCUAAAAAAAAAUCCACUUCAUUCAAAGUAAAAGAUUCAAAGACAAAGGACAUUUAUCAGCCAAGAGUGUGAUGCUUUCUUCGCCUCCAGUCUGUAGUUGUGUCUGUGCUCUGGGAUGGAUACUGUCUGAUGUUUAUUGUUAUUGAUGGAGCAGCCACUGCAAAACUUGUCAACUCCAGUCCAUACUGUUACUAUUUCUAGUGCUGCUUUGUGCUGAGAGAACAUUUUAGUUUACUGCACUUGACCUGUAAAAGACUUUGAUUCUUUGUAAUUUUAGGGAUAAAUUAGGUGGUUAAUUUAAAGAAAUUUCAAUGUUGCCUUUAUAUCACAUUAAAAUAUAACUUCUUACAGGAGGGUAAUAGAGCACUGAUUCAUAGUAAAAAUCUUGUUUUUAGCUUUGACUUUUUUUGUGGCUGACUUUUUUUUUUUAAAUUGUAAAUCACUGGUAACGUCAUUUCUAUAGAAUGUUUUAAAUUAUGUACCUUCUAUUAGAUAAAAUUUUAUUUUAUAAAUCAAUUUGAAUGGAUAAAACUAUAAAGCACACAAAGUUGUCUCCCCACAUUAGUAGAGCAUACAGUUGGAAUUUUUGCUGGCAAUUACAAGUAUCUCAGUGAAUGAAUUAAAACAAAGUCCACUUAUCUGAUGUGAUCUGUUUUGUCUAAAACAGAAGAAUUUAUCUUUCUCCUGGUCCUAGAAGUUCAUAAACCUUAAGAUCUGAACUAAACUUUCUUUUGUUGUUACCAGGGACGAACUCAGGUCCUUGCGCUUUCGAGGCAGGCGGUGGAACCACUGAGACAAAUCCCCGGCCCUAAACUUUUUUUUUUUUUUUGGUACUGGGGAUUGAACUCAGGACUUUGCGCUUUUGACGCAGGCGCUGGAACCACUGAGCUAAAUCCCCAGCCCUGAACUAAACUUUGUUAUUAUAAUUAAAUGAUUUUUUUUUUAAGUAUAAAUUUUAGAAUUGAUUAAAGUUAGAUCCCAGCAUAAUUCAUAUGUGCUGGAACUUGGUACUGGUAAAGCAGUCUUUUGUAGAAAUGGCAUUGUAAAGGGGAGCUAUAAAUUGUUUUUAGUUCUCUAAUAAUUUCUCGAUUUAUUGAAUACUUUUAUCACAAGGUGUUUCUCAUACAAAAACAUGUUAAUUUCAACACAAAGCUUGUGGUUUCAUAUAUUUAUUGGGAAAAUGUUUUUCCUUCUGUUUUUUCCCCUCUUCAAAAUUUCAAAGUAUAGCUUUGUAACGAAACACACUUGACAUCAGAAGUACUAGCAAGUAGACAUGGCUACAUGGAGAAACACCAGGGAAGAUACUGAUGAUGGACGUGAAGAAAAGAGAUUGAUGAGACAGAGUUCUCUGUAGAGCACUUUAUGUUCUUGUCAAGACCCUUUUUAAUUAUUGCCUUUGUCAGUAGUGCUGGUUUUGAAAACUUACCCUAGCAUUGCUUCUUCCAUAUAUCAGAUAAAGCUGAUUGAACUCGAGGUCAUUUUCAACUUUAUUGUCACUGAGGAAAAAAAAAAUAGCAAUUGUCCCAUAAUAAAUGAAUUAUUAUUGGUUGCUGCUGAUUUUACCUAAGAAAAAAAUGUGUAAGUAUAUUUUAUCAACUAGACUGUCUUCUAAAUCCUUUAUUGUAAAUGGCUACUUAUGGGCAACUUUGAAGUUAUUUCUCUAGUGCUAAAUAAACAUUUCAGCUGUUUGAUCCCUCACAUGGGGAUGCAUUAUAAAAA